CGGAAGAUAACUUUUCCAAUUCGUUGCUUAGAAACUCUUAUUAAUUUACGUACCAGUUACUAUUUUACACAAAACAUAUAAAGCGAAAUUUAUAAAAAUUACGGAUCAAUACUGUUUUUUUUUGUUUUUUGUUUUUGUUUCCUUACGUUGAGAGUUAUCAAAUUUUAUAGAUAAAUAUUAUUAAUAAGUUCGCCAUACUGUGUACGUAUACAGUACGUGAUAAAUAACUGAUUACAUGUGUUUGUUUUAAAUAACAAUAAAAUUAAAAAUCGUGGCAACCAUGCUACAAAAGGAAUAAACAAUUACCCGAAAUGAAAUAUUAAACAAGAUGAAGUCAACUACAAACUAGAAGAUAUAUAAACAUAAAAUGUAAAAAAUGGAUCAAAUAAAUUGUAAAAAAUCUCCUGUUACAAAUGUUACAGAAGAAAAUAUGACACCUGAAUAUCUUCAAAGAAAAUUGUAUUUUCUUGUCGACCAAUUGAAGCAAAUGCAAUCCAAUUUACCGGAAGUGUAUCAAUCCCGUAUUUCCUAUGAACUUCUCACGGAAUUGGCAAAUUCUUUGCUCAAUGACACCAUAUUCGAAAUUGUUAAGGGUCUAAUGGAGAUACAGCAUGUUACGGAAAAACAUUUGCAUCAAUUGCGAGAACAAGUGGAAAAUGAAUAUCAAAUUGAGGUACAAGAAUGGAUUUCAAAGAUACAUGACCAAGAGGAGUUGCAGCAUAUUUUGCAAUUGAUGAGAAUAAAGCAUACAAGGAAGUUGCAAGAAACCGAUAUGAAAUUGAUUUCAUUAUUGGAUCAGAAAGUGCGGGAUCAACAGUCUACUUUGCAUAAAGCUGGUGUAGCUGGAUUUUAUGUCACCGAUAAUCCGAAAGAAAUAAAAAUUCAGAUGUUUUUAUUGGACUUCAUAUUACGUUUAAGUAGAAUUAAAUUUGAACCAAAUAAAUGAAAUGUUUGCUUAAAAAGA